UUAUUUCAACACAUUCUCGCAGGUAUUUCAAUCAAACGAGCUCGCGAGGACCCCGUCACCGGAAGUUGCGCGAGAGAGUUUCCGGAGCGCUAAAAUAACGGCAGAACGGAUUUUCUGUGGGACAAACGCACCGGCGUCGCUGCUAAAGCGAUGCCCCGCUCUCGGCGGUUCCCGUCGUCGGAGCGCAGUCGCAGCAGGAGCCGCCGCAGACGUCUGCGCAGACGCUCCUCGUCCAGCAGCAGGAGACGGCCGAGAGACAGACGCAGGAGAGAGCGCUCCAGGAGCUGCGAGAGGAACGCUGCGCUCACAGACAGCUUCUUCAGGCAUGACUUCUGCUCGGAUCGAGACGUCAGAGCGGAGCGGCGCAAACACAGACGCCACCGGAGCAGAACACACUCACACACUCGGAGCCGCUCCGUGUGCUCUAGUAACGGGCGUCUGCGAGCGUGGGCCGUUAAGGAUGAUGAGGAGGGACACCUGAUCUACCGGACAGGAGACGUGCUGCAGGACAGAUAUGAAAUUGUGGGGACGCUCGGUGAGGGAACCUUUGGGAAAGUGGUGGAGUGUAUCGACCAUCACAGGGGAGGCUUUCACAUUGCUCUGAAGAUCAUCAAGAACGUGGAGAAAUACAAAGAAGCAGCUCGUCUGGAGAUCAACGUCCUGGAGAAAAUCAACCAGAAAGAUCCAGAAAACAGGAAUCUGUGUGUGCAGAUGCUGGACUGGUUCGAUUAUCACGGUCACAUGUGCAUCAGUUUCGAGCUGCUGGCCCUCAGUACCUUCGACUUCAUGAAGGAGAACCAUUACCUGCCCUACUCCAUCAGUCAGGUGCGACACAUGGCCUACCAGAUCUGCCUCGCUGUCAAGUUUCUCCAUGACAACAGGCUGACACACACAGACCUCAAACCAGAGAACAUCCUGUUUGUGAACUCUGAUUACACCGUCACGUUCAACCAAGAGAAGAAGCGGGACGAGCGCUGUGUGCUGAACACUGCUGUGAGGGUGGUGGACUUUGGAAGCGCCACGUUUGACCACGAGCAUCACAGCACCAUCGUGUCCACCCGACACUACAGAGCGCCAGAGGUGAUUCUGGAGCUGGGCUGGACUCAGUCAUGUGACGUCUGGAGCAUCGGCUGUAUUCUGUUCGAGUAUUACUGUGGAUACACACUCUUCCAGACUCAUGAUAACAGGGAGCAUCUGGCCAUGAUGGAGCGAGUACAUGGACCCGUUCCUUCCAGAAUGAUCCGGAAAACCAGGAAGCAGAAGUACUUUUACAGAGGUCAUCUGGACUGGGACGAGAGCACGUCUGCGGGACGAUACGUCCGAGAGAACUGCAGACCGCUGAGAAGGUAUGUGUUGUGUGAGACGGAGGAGCAUCAUCUCUUCUUUGAUCUGUUGGAGGGUUUGUUGGAAUACGAGCCGGACCGCCGCUUGUCUCUCUCCUCCGCUCUGCGUCAUCCCUUCUUUGGUCCCCUCCGAGACGCCGAACACUUCAGUGGGGCCCGUGACAUCAGCCGGUGACCUCCGACCUCUCAGCUCCGCUAGCGUCUCAGAGCAGGAUUUUCCGCUUCUGAUCCACACGAGCAGGUCGGUCGCUCAGUUUAACGAACAUGUCGCGAAGAAGAGGCUGCUAACGAUUGGCUGAGGUCUCUUGAGCACAGAGAGAGACGUGACAGCCGAUAGAAUUAGACUGACACCUUCACAGGCUCCCUGAUUGGCCAGUCCUCGUUUGACGGACGGUUUCGGGGGGCGGGACGUCUUAAGGUUGUUUUGGGAUCAUCACAGGAUUUUGCACAUGUCAUGGUUCUCAGCAGAUGAACACUUUUUCAGUAUUUAUUUUAUGACUCGAGUUGUUUUGUAUGAGAUUAGUAUGUUCUUGUUUCUAUAGUACACGUCGUCUGUAAUAAACCGUGCUUCAUAUGA